AUCCUGUCUAUGGGGAAUCUCGACACGAGGGUGCUUUCAUUGUUCUCAAUUUAUUUUGAUAAUGAAUAGGUCGAAACUAAAACCUAAUUAUACAGAGUGAUAGAAAACUCCACGGGCUUUCGGAAUAUGUAAUUACUUUUAAAAAAGUGUGGUCUUAUAGUGGAAAUAUAUUCGAAAUACCGAGUCUAACUAUUUUUUUCCAGGGGGAUAUAUACAUAUAAUGUAUUACCCAGUGAAAAAGAGAAAUGGUUAAAGCAUUUCACCAGCUAUUUUAACCAUUUCAUAUGGAAAAAAUCCAUAUCUGCUAGAAAAUCUUAUAUAAGAGGCAAAAAUAAUCGAUUUCUCUUUGAAUGAAUUUCAUUUCUCUUACUCCAUUUCUCUACACUUUAUUUCCAUUGCUUCUUAUAACUGGAGAUAUGGAUGAACAAUUUCUGCUCAAGAAAUAACCAUUUCUGCUGGAAAAAAUCCAUAUCUGCUAGAAAAUCCUAUAUAAGAGACAAAAUAAAAUAAUUGAUUUCUCUUUGAAUAAAUUCCAUUUCUCUUUAUAAAUAGAGAAAUGGAUGAAGCAUUUCACCUGCUAUUUAAACAAUGAAAGUGAUAUGUCGUUUAAAAGCGUUUCUCUCUGACUUUUUGUGGUUUAACGAUUUCAGCUUGAAGUGGAACAAUUUCUCUUUGAAAGGGGGAAAUGGUCCAGCCCUCGCAAUCCCGUAGUAUGAGCUAUCGAAUUUUUUUUAUUUUCACAGUAGAAAUUGUCAAAAUACGAGGUGAAAAUAAAAAUAAAUCCACAUUAGCCGUCUAUCUAUGUAACAUAUGAAUAAAACAAUAAGUUUAUUCUACUUUGCUAAUUAUUCUUUUUUUUUUUGUAUUCAACAUAUCGCAUCUCUAUAACAGUCAGAGCCUAAAACUGAACUGCUUUGGUUCGUUUUGGUUCGAGUCGAACUGAACCGAACUGGAAUCCAAAAAAUUCGGUUCGAUUCCGGCUCUGAUAACAAUAUCAGUUUUUCUGGUGCAUCCUUCUGGCAAGAGUAUCACAAACUGAGCUAGACAGAUAGAUAAAUUUCAUCUGACCACUGACAGAUAAGUAGUUGUGAACAUGAGCCAAACAAAUCAAACUUCAAACAAAUCUCGUUUCAAGUUUCAAGUCAAGCGAGACUAAAGAAAUUCAAUUUAUUCAUUGCUAAUUAUGAUUUAGUUUGUAGAAUUCUCAAUUGGUUUUAUCUCUAUAUCAUAUGUAGAAAAGUCCUUCUAACGAAUGACCCAUCCGAUCGAUUUUCCUCUUAAAAUCGUUCAACAAAUCAUUUGCAUCCAAAUUAAAAAUGCCUAUCGCUCUCAACCAUUCUCAUUCAAAAUGAAGAACGUCGUUUUCUGAUAAUUAUGUAUAGUUUUAAAUAAUAUCAAAAAUUACCAUCGGUUCAUACUUUUUUAUACUAACACAAUUAAAUAAAUGUAAUUGACGAACAAGAUACGGCAAUGACUUAUUGAAUAAUGAAUCUUUUCAUUUUAUGGAACAAGUAUUUGAAUAGAUUUAUUAUUGAUGAUGCCAUUGUUCAGAAAAUACCUUUUCAAUUCAAAAGUUUGAACAAGACAAUGAUAUUAGACAUUUGAAUUGUAAAUAAAGCAUAGACUUGUACAGCUAUUGUUCAAUCAUCUAGAAUUGAUCCUUGUUUGACAUGACUAUUGAAUUUUCAACAAGAAGAUUCUCUUUUCCUACUCUUCUUGAAAAUCGAUCGUACGCAUAAUUUUAUACUUGAUCGUAAUUUCUUUCCGCGAAGAAUAUGAGCGAUGUUGAGACAGUGUUCUUUGUAUAGAAAUCUUAUGAAUUUAACCUCGAACACACAAAUGAGAAAGCUCGGAUUUACGAGCAAAAUAAAGGAAUCAUACAUCGCUGACCGAAAGCAUUGCGAUCGAUAACUUUAAAAUUGAACAAAAUAUUUAAAACAAAACAAUUGUUGCAUGCAAAGUCGAGAAUUUGACUAAAAAAGACUUUGCCAUCUUAUAUAGCGAAACCAAAUUCUAUGGAGAGAAAAUUUUUCUCUUUCUCCACUUUUUCUUAUUUUAUAAUUUCUUGUCACUGUUUCAGGAAGCUAGUUACAUUGUCCGUCCAGCAUCAACAUUCAUCCGAAUGCUCGAUGGCAACAAAAUCAUCUCACUGCGACUGGAGGAAAUAGACAAGACAAUGGAAUCAAUCAACUCUCAUACCUAUUGGGUUUGUAUGUUGAUAAUGAUCAAACAAUCUAUGUUGCUGAUCAAGAGAAUCACCGUAUUGUGGAAUGGAAAUGGGGUGCAACGAGUGGCCAAGUGGUUGCAGGUGGAAAUGGACAAGGAAGUGGAGAUCAUCAAUUAUCUAACCCAGUUGAUGUGAUUGUCGGCAAAGAGAGAGAUAGUCUCAUCAUCUCUGAUAAUUGGAAUAGAAGAGUGAUUCGAUGGCCUCGUCGAAAUGGAACAAGUGGAGAAACAAUCAUCUCCAACAUCUAUUGUAUGGGUUUGACAAUGAAUGAGAAUGGAUCUCUCUAUGUCGUUGACUAUGGAAAACAUGAAGUGAGACGAUAUCGAAGAGGAGAAUCUCAAGGAAUAGCGGUUGUAGGUGGCAAUGGAAGUGGAAAUCGUCUCAAUCAACUAUCUUCCCCACAAUACGUAUUCGUCGAUCAAGAUCAUUUAGUAUAUGUGUCUGAUUGGGGAAAUGAUCGUGUGAUGAAAUGGAUGGAAGGUGCAAAACAAGGCAUUGUUGUGGCUGGUGGUCAAGGAGAAGGAAAUGGUCUUACACAAUUGUCAUCUCCUCGAGGAGUCGUUGUCGAUCAAUUGGGCGCUGUCUAUGUGGCUGAUGAAGGGAAUAAUCGAAUCAUGCGUUUCCAUGUCAUAUAG